ACUUGUCCAAGAUACGGUUAUAUGUCUUUCAAGCGUAGACUCCAGUACGAGUCUAGCAGUCUUGUGCAGUGUUUGAAAUUAUACAAGAGUGUUUUUUAGUUGAAAUAGAAAAACCAACUUCCAAAAUGAGCGAGCCAAUUUGCAAGAAACCGAAAGUGCAAAACACUUUGAAGGAGUUGAAGACCAUGACUACGGUCGUUGCCGAUACCGGUGACUUUGAAGCCAUGCAGCAGUUCAGGCCCACCGAUGCCACAACAAACCCUUCUCUCAUUUUGGCUGCUGCUAGCCUGAAGAAAUACUCCGAUUUGAUCGACAAAGCCGUGGAAAUGGGCAUCAAAUCUGGAAAAACCAGAGAAGAACAAAUCGAAGCUGCCAUGGAUUAUACGAACGUAUUUUUCGGUAUGGAGAUCUUGAAGAUUGUGCCAGGACGCGUGUCCACCGAAAUCGACGCUCGUCUCUCCUUCGACAAGGAGGCCAGCAUCAUCAAGGCCGUGAAAAUCAUCAACCUGUACGAGGAAAACGGCAUCAGCAAGGAACGAGUCCUCGUCAAGUUGGCUUCGACCUGGGAAGGCAUCCAAGCUGCCAAGGUGUUGGAAGAGGAGUACGGAAUCCACUGCAACCUGACUCUGCUGUUCUCGAUGUCUCAAGCGAUCGCCUGCGCCGAAGCCGGCGUCACGCUCAUCUCGCCCUUCGUCGGUCGAAUUCUCGACUGGCACGUGGCUAAUGGCAAACAGAAGAGCUUCGAGGGCAAAAACGACCCAGGAGUCAUUUCUGUCACCAACAUCUACAACUACUACAAGAAGUUCGGUUACAAGACCGUCGUGAUGGGUGCCUCGUUCAGAAAUACCGGCGAAAUCAAGGCUCUGGCUGGAUGCGAUUACUUGACGAUUAGUCCAAAAUUGCUCGAAGAAUUGGACCUCAGUAACGAGCCCUGCCCCAGAGUACUCGAUCCCCAAGCGGCCAAAUCCAUGAACAUUGAGAAGCUACAGAUGGACGAGGCCAACUUCAGAUGGCACAUGAACGAGGACCAGAUGGCCACCGACAAGCUCAGCGAGGGCAUCCGCAAAUUCGCCGUCGACGUUCGCAAGCUGGAAAAGCUCUUGCAAGAGCGAAUUCCUCAAUAAAUACGGGCGUCUUUGUAACAACCUUACAAUUGUAAAUUUUGGCAUAAUUUAGAGUUUAGAUUUGUUUUGUGCGACGCGUAUUUGUAGAGUUUUUUUUUAUGCAUUUUGUGUUUUACGCAUAUCAUGUUUUUUUAUGCAAUACCGUUGUUCUGUAUAGCUUUAUCAGCGAAAACGGGCGCAUUUUGAAUGUGGCAGGAAUUUUUGUAGAAACAAAAAAAGAAAGAACAAAUGAAAUAUAGAUUGCAGUCCAACUGUAAAAUGUGAACUUCUCUUCAAAUAUUGAAAUAAAGAUCUACCAACAGA